UCAGGAAUGCUGGAAGCUAAUGUCACAAUCAGGAGCUGAAGAUAAAAAGCUUUUACAGAACAACAUUCACCAUGAACUAAGAUUCUGGUCCUUACAGCUCCAUGACUGGAUAGGUUGUGGUUAAGGAAAAUGGUAUUUACUGGAGGUGAUGCAUGUUUUUAUAAGGAUUAUUCAUAAACUGGGCUUGGUUUUUGUGGCUGGGUGUUUAUGUUGUUGACUUGUGGGUGAGAUUUUUCCUGACAGUGAAGAAGUAAGGGAAGCUGACUGACACUAGUUACACUGAGGUGCAGAAUUUAGGAAACAAAAUAGGAGGGACAGGAAAACAGGGUGUUUUCAACAAAAAUAUAGACGGCUAAAAUAUAGAGGUUGAUUUAGAUCAUUCAUUAGAUCAUUCUGGAAUGAAGAAGCAACGCCCAGAAGAAAAAAAGGAAAUUAGCAAAGCUGCUCAAACCCAGAAUAUCAAAUUGGUGAGUUAGUGCAGGGGAGCUGAUGUACUUACAACAUAAGUGAAUACCAUACUAAGUCAGUUCUCUACAGUGAUGAAAAUGGAGGAUUUGGACUAUGAAAACUACACCUAUGACUAUUUGGAGUACGGAGAUUUUGAGGAGGUAAAACCAGAGGGUUAUGUCCAGAAACAGGCUUUGCAUAUUACUUCUGUAAUCGUCUACUCCUUGGCAUUUGUUAUUGGUGUAAUUGGGAAUGGCAUUGUGAUCUGGUUGACUGCAUUCAAAAUCAAACGGACAGUUAACACUGUAUGGCUGCAAAACCUGGCCAUUGCCGAUUUCAUAUUUGUUCUUUUCUUGCCUUUCUCCAUUGAUUAUGUGCUACGUGACUUUAAUUGGGUCUUUGGUCAGGAUAUGUGCAAACUAAACUCUUUUGUGUGUACUGUGAACAUGUAUGCCAGUGUCCUAUCCCUCACUGUGCUCAGUCUGGAUCGCUACAUCUCUCUGGUACACCUAAGGUGGUGCCAAAAGUUCCGUACUGUGCAAAUGGCCUGGAUUGUAUGUUUGCUGAUCUGGGUUGUGUCUGCUCUAAUAAGCAGUCCGGCUCUGAUUUUUCGAGAAACAAUAAAUUACCAACAAAAGGUUGUAUGUUUUAAUAACUUCCAUAAUGUGGAUAGACAUAUUGCUAUGAUUAGACAUAUUGCCAUGGUGACUCUCCGCACUACAGUUGGCUUCCUGCUACCGUUUCUUACAAUCAGCAUGACUGCUAUACUGCUGGCCAUAAAAAUGAAGUCCAACACAAUUCACAUUUCCAGUUUCUCCAGAAUGGUCCUUGCUGUUAUUGUGGCUUUCUUCCUCUGCUGGGCACCAUUCCACACCUUUGGCCUAAUGGAGUUGAGUCUGCACACCUCACCCGACCUACACCGCGCCAUGUCUGUGGGGUUUCCUCUGGCUACCAGCCUUGCUUUCUUCAACAGCUGUGUUAACCCAUUGCUCUAUGGGCUGUUUCGUAAGAAAAUGUGGGCAAUUCUUAAGACAUCCUGCUUAAGCCUUACAAAGAGCUCACUGCGAGAGCUCAGUGAGAACCUGUCUGCCACAGAGUCUGUGUUAAUUCGUGCAAGCUGUUCACCUGAGGAAGCUGCAGCCAGCACUACAGUCUGAAGGCCAGAAUUCUAAAGCAUCAACAAACUGUACAUAAACUUAGAAUAGACUUUGGUUUAUUAUAUUAACAUGUCUCAUCAUAAAAAAUACACAAAUAUUUUAUAUUUAAAGUAUUUUUAUAUAUUUACAAAGAAUGUUAAUACGUUUUUGUACUUGUGUUAAUAACUGUAUUUUAUAUAUAAUAUAUUUUUUAAACUAGUUAGAGCUAUGUUUGAUAUAUUUUGACAAUGCUGUUGCUUGCACAGAUUCAUUAUCAUCAGAUCCUGGAACCCUAACAUCAUCAAUGCGACAAAAUGAAAAAAGAAUCUUUUGGUGUUAUUCACGGAUCUUCAGUGUUAUUCAUUAUCAACACAUGUUCUGCCUGCUUACAUUUCGCAAAUCUGACUUAUGCUAAAAAUGUAAUUUUUCAUUAAAUUAAACCAGACUUCUUAUAA